AAACUACAGUUGUCACUGAAGUUGUAAGUACUGUCAAGGAAAUCGAAGAUAUUGAUGGGGUCCAGACAACCACUGUUACCUUGGAAGAAACUGACACAUCUGAAGUAACUCAUCUAGAGCCUGAAGAAGAUGUACCACAGCCAAGUACAACUGAUGAACCUGAUCAAGAAAUAGAAAUGCAACAAUCAGAAAUUACCUUUGAUGCUAAUCAACCAAUGGAAACUGUCCAGCCAAUGGAAAUCAAAGUACCACUCACCACAGUGGAAACACCUGAAAUGGAUGAUGAUAAAAAGGAUAUCAUUGAGGUUGAUAUUGAAAUGGAUAUGGAGGAUCGUAAAACACAUGGUGAACUUGCCCCACACUCAGCAGAUACUAGAAUUGAAUCACUAAGCUCCCUUGAUUUUGGCUUUACCCCAACCCUGACUGACGAACUUCUAUUUAACAGACAUGAUGACUUAAAAGUACAUCUUGAUGAUAACUUGACUGAGCAUAAAGAAUCAACUGAUGAUAAAACUAUAUGGUUAGUAGACGAAUCUGGGUCUUAUAUCCCAGCAGAGGCACACGAAGCCUAUAUUGAGUUUAUAGACGAGGGUGGUCUACCUGAUUACCAUGCAACACCUGACAUAGAGCACCCAUACCAUGAGCAAGCUAGUAUCACAGCUUGUGAUCUAGAGACAAUUUAUGAAGUUGACUCUGCUGCUGAGAGAUGGACAUCAGGCAGUGAUACAACAGCUGAAGGGUAUACUGAUGAGGAAGACGUUGAACAUGAGACAGGAUCCAGCAUUGGUAGUGUUGAACUUCCCAUCAAAUCAGGCCUUGAUAGUUACUUCUUCAACAUUGGGACUGAUGAUACCCAGAUAGGUCUCGAUUCUGAUAGCAGUGCUGAUUCUGAAAUGAACACAACUGUUAUUUAUAAGGGUGGUAUGAUAACUCCUUUGGAUAGCUCUGGUGGAGGUAAUUCUGAUGAGAAUGACUUGAACUACAGCACCCAAUCAGAAAUUGUUUACAAUAGUGCUGUGUCACUGAAAAGCUUGUCUGGACUUGCCCAAGCUAUAUCAGCAUCUACCACCGAGGCUUCCCAAUGUGACAAAAUAAUUGCAUUUUAUACAUCAGUCACUCAAAUACCCAAUCCCGUUAUUGAACAGGCAGCUUUGAGUAUAUCAACACACAAGAGCCAUGAUAGUAAUGAAGAGACAGCUGAUGUUGAACUGUAUGUACCUGAGAAAAUAUCAAACACAAUCACAGUCAAUGAAAGCAAUGUAAAAAUCAUAGAAUUUGUUCAAGACCAAGAUGACAUUGAUUCUGAAAGAGUAACAAAGGAAGAUGAUUCAGACUCUCCAGAUGAAAGAGACAAUCACAAAACACUGUAUAAUACUAGUAUUGACAAUAUUAGAUAUGAAGAAAUUCAAAACUCAAAUGGUCAAUCUCAAAAUGAACUUGGUUUUGACAAUAGUAAAACAGGGGUUGAAACAUACCAAACUGUUGACACUAUGAAAGUUGUUAAUGACAUUGACAUUCCACUGACACCAGUACCAGGUUCUGACAGAUCCCUCGACUUAAAUGAUGGCACUGAUGAUGCCAACUAUGAUGUCAUGUCACAUAUUCCUGGACCUAGUAAUGACCAAACUGACAUAGAGACAAGAACAGUCAAUGUAAAACUGUUCUCUGACAAUCCCCCUGUCCCUCCCAAUGAUUGCACCCCCAUGCUUAGUGAUACUUCUGCUGGUGGUGAGCUUUCUCCACCUCACUCUCCUUCACUAAUAUAUGAAAGCACAAGCCACCAAUUGUAUGCUGAUCAACUACUAAAUCCUACUUUAACUCCUGAUGAAUUGGUUGCUUUGCCCACACUAAAGACUGAUAUGUCAACUGGGCCUGACACAGGUGUGACUGGUGAGCUUAACUUACAAUGCCACAAGACAGUGACAACAGCUAUAAGCAAUGAAUCUCUUAGAACACUUGGUAGUGAUGCUUCAGAUCUAGACUCUAUAGAUGAUGA